CUUACCCCGCCCCAUGUGGGUCGAGGGAGGGAGACACAGGCUGAGCUGAUCCCACGUGUGACGCUUGCAUUCCCGGCUCAGUAAAAUUCUCUUUAGCGUGCUUCGGUGUAGCGUUGUGCCGCCUGUCUUCGUUAGUUACUGGCUAUAGUUGGGUUAGCUAUGGAGGGAGACGGGAGCCAAGCCACAUCUGGAGGAAGCCCUAAUGAUUCGCAACACGACCCGGGUAAAAUGUUUAUCGGUGGUCUCAGCUGGCAAACUUCACCAGACAGCCUGAGAGACUAUUUUACUAAAUUUGGGGAAAUCAGAGAAUGUAUGGUGAUGAGAGAUCCAACGACAAAACGCUCCAGGGGCUUUGGAUUCGUUACUUACGUAGAUGCUGCCAGUGUAGAUAACGUCUUAGCUCAGCCACAUCACGAAUUAGACUCAAAAACGAUCGAUCCUAAAGUUGCCUUCCCUAGACGUGCUCAACCCAAGAUGGUCACAAGAACAAAGAAAGUAUUCGUAGGAGGAUUAUCAGCGAACACAGUAGUUGAAGAUGUGAAGCUGUAUUUUGAACAGUUUGGCAAGGUAGAGGACGCCAUGCUCAUGUUUGACAAAACGACUAACAGACACAGAGGUUUCGGCUUUGUAACUUUUGAGGUUGAGGACGUUGUGGAGAAAGUAUGCGAGAUCCACUUUCAUGAAAUCAAUAAUAAAAUGGUAGAAUGCAAGAAGGCCCAGCCCAAGGAGGUGAUGUUCCCUCCAGGUACGCGAGGCAGGGCCAGGGGCUUGCCCUACACCAUGGAUGCCUUCAUGCUGGGGAUGGGCAUGCUGAGUUACCCAAACAUUGUAGCAACGUACGGCCGUGGAUACACUGGUUUUGCCCCGAGUUACAGCUACCAAUUCCCUGGCUUCCCAGCGACGGCGUAUGGACCGGUGGCAGCGGCGGCAGUGGCGGCAGUGCGUGGCUCAGGGUUCCCAGAUUAUGGGUUCUAUUCCGGGGCCGGGCCCAGUGACCUGCGGGGCCCCCCCUGCUCCUUUGCCGACUAUGGCUCCCUGGGGCCCCAGGCUGCUCAGAUGCUGCAGCACAGUGAGCAUCAUGCCACCUCCGCCUGCAACUCCCCCCUCCAGCACCACCUGCAGCACAGCCCGGACCCCUUUAAGAGCCCAGGCACCAACCAGGCCCGGCCCGGAGCCUUCCCUGGCACCAACAGUCCCGGGCCCGUGGCUGACCUCUAUGGCACUACAAGCCAGGACUCCGGCGUGGGCAACUACAUUAGUGCUGCUAGCCCCCAGCCUGGCUCUGGCUUCGGCCACAGCAUUGCUGGCCCCUUGAUUGCAACCGCUUUUACAAAUGGAUACCAUUGAAACCUAACAGGUGGUUGGUUGCCAUCUCAUUCGAGCAGAGUAUUUCAGGAGGCCCGGGGAAGACCGGGCGGAGUUUUUAACUGGCUAUGUGAACAGGUGAUGCCAUCCAACGCCAAGCACUACAGCAUCAACCCACAGGAGGAGAGUGGAGGUGGCACCAUGUGAAGAAGAACUGAAGAAAAUGUCAAAAUCAUCUCAGAAAAAGAAACUACAAUCUGCUGUACUAUAAUCCAAACCUGGUGUUCACAUCCAUAAUAUCCAACUGUAACCCAGUAACUUUGUGUAGGAUUUUAGUUGUUUUUACCUUUGAAUGUUCCUUGUUUUAAAUCGAUUUAGUUCAUUUUCUUUCUUUUCGACGUAGUCUUCAAAUUAAUAAGGAAGAUUCAUUAUAUUUUUUACUUAGGAUCAAAAAUACACAAAAAUUGGAUACUAUCUUAAAUGAGUGUCUAUUUAUGGAAACCAUUUAUUUAAAAAAAUAGAUUGCUAUGUUGCUAUGGUUGUUUGUUUUCAUCCUUGGUAAUGGAAACCAUUUCAGGUGUCAGUUUGCACAUACAGUGCAUUCAGAAAGUAUUCAGUCCACUUCACAUUUUGUUACGUUACAGCUUUAUUCUAAAAUGUAUCACAUUGUUUUUCCCCCUCAUCAAUCUACACACAUUACCCCAUAAUGACAAAGCAAAAACAGGUUUUUAGACAUUUUUGCGAAUGUAUUACAAAUAAAAAAACAUCUAUUACAUUUACAUAAGUAUUCAGAACCUUUACUCAGUACUUUGGUGAAACACCUUUGGUAGCGAUUACAACCUCCAGUCUUCUUGGGUAUGACGCUACAAACUUGGGAGUUUCUCCCAAUGACGCUACAAAAUGGGAGUUUCUCCCAUUCUUCUCUGCAGAUCCUCUCAAGCUCUGUCAGGUUGAAUGGGGAGUGUUGCAGAACAGCUAUUUUCAGGUCUCUCCAGAAAUGUUUGAUCAGGUUCAAGUCCAGGCUCUAGCUGGGUGACUCAAGGACAUUCAGAGACUUGUCCCGAAGCCACUACUGCGUUGUCUUGGCUCUGUGCUUAGGGUCGUUGUCUGGUUGGAAGGUGAACCUUCGCCCCAGUCUGAGGUCCUGAGUGUUCUGGAGCAGGUUUUCAUGAUCUCUCUGUACUUUGCUCCAUUAAUCUUUCCCUCGAUUCUGACUAGUCUGUCAGAACGACCAUCAGGUUCCUCUUCACCUCCCUGACCAAAGCCCUUCUCCCCAGAUUCCUCAGUUUGGCCAGGCGGCCAGCUCUAGGAAGGGUCUUGGUGGUUCCAAACUUUUUCCAUUUAAGAAUGAUGGAGGCCACUGCACUUGGGGACCUUCAAUUCUGCAGACAUUUUUUGGUACCCUUUCCCAGAUCUGUGCCUCGACACAAUCCUGUCUCGGUGCUCUAUAGACAAUUCCUUCAACCUCAUGACUUGGUUUUUGCUCUGACAUACACUGUCAACUGUGGUAUUUUGGCCCAUUCCUCCAUGCAGACCUCCUCUAGAGCAGUGAUGUUUUGGGGCUGUUGCUGGGCAACACAGACUUUCAACUCCCUCCAAAGAUUUUCUAUGGUGUUGAGAUUUAGAGACUGGCUAGGCCACUCCAGGACCUUGAAAUAAAUGCUUCUUACGAAGCCACUCCUUCGUUGCCCGGGCGGUGUGUUUGGGAUCAUUGUCAUGCUGAAAGACCCAGCCACGUUUCAUCUUCAAUGCCCUUGCUGAUGGAAGGAGGUUCUCACUCAAAAUCUCACGAUACAUGGCCCCAUUCAUUAUUUCCUUUAUACGGAUCAGUCGUCCUGGUCCCGUUGCAGAAAAACAGCCCCAAAGCAUGAUGUUUCCACCCCCAUGCUUCACAGUAGGUAUGGUGUUCUUUGGAUGCAACUCAGCAUUCUUUGUCCUCCAAACACGACGAGUUGAGUUUUUACCAAAAAGUUAUAUUUUGGUUUCAUCUGACCAUAUGACAUUCUCCCAAUCUUCUUCUGGAGGACAGAGGAGCCUCUUAAAGAAGAAGUUACAGAUCUGUGAGAGCCAGAAGUCUUGCUUGUUUGUAGGUGACCAAAUACUUAUUUUCCACCAUAAUUUGCAAAUAAAUUCAUUAAAAAUCCUACAAUGUGAUUUUCUGGAGAAAAAAAAAUCUAAUUUUGUCUCAUAGCAAAGGGUCUGAAUACUAUUGUCAAUAAGGUAUUUUAUUUUUUAUACAUUUGCAAAAAUGUCUAAAAAUCUGUUUUUGCUUGGUCAUUAUGGGGUAUUUAAUCAAUUUUAGAAUAAGGCUGUUACGUAGCAGCAUUUGUAAAAAGUCAAUGGGUCUGAAUACUUUCUGAAUACACUGUACAAGAAAACUGACAUGAACUGAUGAGGCUUGAAGAAAGGUGGUGUUAAUUAAAUUUAAAAAAUUGAGUGUAACUAAUAAAUCUUCUAGCUUUUUUUGUUUCUUUUAAUGUUGUUAAUUACCUAUUUUGGGCAAUAAGAGGACUACAAUAUUUUCACAGUCCUUUUUUACAAUUUUUUUUGUUGUCAGGAAAAAAUAACCUUUCCUUUUAAUACUUAGUGAAUUCAGAUUUUAAGAAAAAAAUAUAUAGCUGUAAAUAUUAUUCAAGUCACUGCAUAUAAUCGUUUCAGAGAGAACCAUAUUUUUGUGAUGGUUCAUCAUAAAAGGCUGUACUGUGUAAGAGCGCAACUGUCAAAGACGAGGACAUUUAAUGCUCUUAAAUCGUAUCAUAAUCCAUUUGUAGCACAAAAUUCCAUGAUAACCCCAUUGAGGACUCGAUCCUACAAGAACACUGUUGGCUUGCUCUGUAAAUACCGUUGUCUUUCUUACUGUGCUAAUGUCAUACCAGCAUACUGUUGUGUCUUCUACAUGGUGAGCUCAAAAGUGCACAGCUUCUAAAAUAUGACAGAAGGGUAACACUGGACAUUGCUACACAAUGUCUCUCAAAGAAGACACUGGCUCAACUUCUUCUAGACACUUGCAAGUGAAAGGCUACUUACUGUGUCUGUCACUGAGAUUUUUGAAGUCAAUACUAUAUCAAAAAAGGACUUAUUACAAAUCCAAAGCACACUUUUACUUUGUAUUAGUUUGAAAAUACCAGAUGUAUAUCCAGAGACAAUUCGUACCAAUCUGCAUGUGUUGAUGUUACAUUUUGUUGUUAUGAUUAUCUUAAUUUUUUGUUUUUCUUAUUAAUGCUAUUUAUCCAUUUUGAACAGAGCACCUACUUUCAAUAUGACAGGCAAUAUUUCAAGUCAGAUACAUUUUAAGUCAAUUUAUUGGAAUGUUUUCUUGAACUGAUUAGGAAGGCAAAUAUCUAUGAUUACCUCAGCCCUGUGAGUUUUGUCUUAGAAGAGAUUACAAAGUCAUUUAUUUGAGGUUUAAACAGAUUGAAAUUAUGAAUGGAUUAUGAGAACAAGUUGUGGCACCGUGACAAGGAAGGAAAGUGACCAUAUUCUAUUUGCACAUUUCAAGUGUUGGAUAUUUUAAAUGGUCUUGAUAAGAUGAUACAUGAAGGAUUGUUUUUUAAGAAUAACUUUUUAUCCCCAUUAGAGAUUAGACAUCUUGGCUGUUGCAAUUGGAAAACGUUUUUUCUGCCCAAAGGGCAUUUCGACCUAGCCAAGUCACCGUAGUCACCACAGUAAUUUCCUGUAGGGACUGGUUUGCUGAGAUGGAGAAAUGGUUCCUCUAUAAAAGUUUCAAAUUAUAUUUGAAGAAAGGAUUGGAUUAAUGUAUAUGCUGUGCAGAUUUUGUUUGUCUCAUUUCACUCAACAACCAGGUGAAGCAGAAUGCUGGAUUCUUUUAAAAUAAAAUGGGGACUUGUUUAAGUAAGAAUAAAAAAAUAAAAAAUAAAAAAUAAAUAACAUGUAUAUUACCUAUUCAAAAAAGAGAAAAAAAAGUGUGUUCCCUUGAAUGAUUUACAUUUUUAAUCAGAAGGAUUUGUAUCAAUAUUUUUGUGGUUGUUAAUGAUUAUAUUAAUAAUAAUUAUUAUACUAACAAUAUUAGAAUGUACUGUACAUCCAUACGGUUUUUUUCUCCAUUCCCUGUCACCUUAUACAGUAAUCUUAUGUUGAUCAUCAAUGUAUUUCAGUAAUAUGUGAAAAAAGUAAACUGCAAAUGACCUUGUAAGAGUGCCGUCUUUGAUGCCAGUGUAGUGGUUUAUACACUUAUUUGUUGAUCUCUCUUUCCUCCUCUCCGUCUCUCACUCUCCCAAUGUCUCACUCUCCCAAUGUCUCACUCUUUCUCUGUCUCCCUCUUCUAGUAUUAGUGCUAGAUGUUAUAUAGUUAAGAUGUAGAUGUAGCUAUUAGAAGAUGUAAGACCAGUAAGGAUAGAACUUUCUCUUCUUAAUUACCAUAUUUUUAAAAAGAAAAGCUGACAUUAGUUUCAACAUCAUUUGUCUAUUUAUUUUCAGUUGUACUGAUCUCACAUGGUUUCAACUAACCAAAGCAAUCAUUGAAGACAUUUAAAUCAAAAAUUGCUGUAAGACCGAAUCGUAAACAAGGCAUUGAUUGGAUCCCCACCCUUGAAUGUUUAAAAAAAAUGGGUGUGCCAUACUACCUUAAAAGCUAAUACUAGAUAUGCAAAACCGUUUUAUUUGUUAUUAUUUCACAAGAGGGACACAAGCUAUAAUUAUGAUUGAGCAUAAUGGAUUUUAUUACAUAACAGAUUAAUGAUAAUAAUGGUCAUAAUAACAAUAACUAUUAUAGAUAUAAUUAAUCUAAACUCAUUUUGAUGUUUGUACUCUUAACCUCUUAUAUCCCAGUGGCCUAGCCUGGCACUACUAUUUUUGGAUACAGUUUAUUUUAUUUUCGGUGUCUACCUAAUUAAUUAUUCAUUCAUAUUAAUUCAUACUUUAGUUUGAGUUCAUUAUCAACGUUUGAGAAUGUAGUGAAUUAUUUUUGUACUCUUGAACCAUUGGAAGCAGAUUUUUACUUGAAUCAAAGCCUGGGUAUCAUUUACAUUGUAGAUUCAUUCAUACUCACGCUCUCACGUGCUUAGUCUUCAUUUAAAGUCUUCUCAUUCAAAUGGCAGCCUGCUUGUUAGUAUAGACAUUUGCACUGUGCAAUAACUUAAUCUUUAAGACCCUCCUGCUAAAGGAAAACAAGACAGUGCAAAAGCUAUUGAUGAGUUGUUAUAUGAAGGGCUUAUUGAAAUCAUACCUAUAGGACAUAUUUCAUUUAAGCAAUUCAUAGAACCACAGAGAGUUGAGGUAGGAUAGGAUGUAUGUAUUGUUCUCAUGAAGACUGAGCCAAAAUUUCGAAACCUGUUGGUAAACGUGACAUUAUUGCAGCAGAAUGUACCCACCGAGAGCAAGUGUAAAGCUCUGUGAUACAUUGCAAGAAGCUAUCUCUGUUUUAAAUGUCCCUCUACCAAUAUCACUAUACCUGAUUUACCAUUUGAUUAGAGUAAAAGUUGGCUGGCUGUCCAUUCAAAAUAGUUGAUACCAUCUCUUAGUUAAUAAAAGAUUUCAAAUAGAUUUCACAGCUUGGACUUUAAGGUAGCAUGGCUCUGUAGUUGCUAUACUUUCCCUUCACAUGGACAGCAGUUUACAGCUGAUGAAUGUUGCACAUCUUGCUAGACUACUUAAUCAUUGGAUAAUUGUUGGUAAAAAAAAAACUAAACUAAAAAUAUAUAUAUAUAAAAAAGACCUGGAAGGUGUUGGAUGAUAUAUUGGGAGCGUACUACCGUAACCAUUUAAACUUGAAUCUUGAGGCAAGUGCUAGGCAAUGGCCAAACAAACAUCCCAUCACUGAAUUAACAGACACACAACGCACACGUACCUACUGUAAUAACAGGCAUAUAAUGUUAGUUAAGGAUAUAUUAUUGUGUAUGUCUAUUUGUUGAGGCUGAACCCUAAUUUCAGAUUAAAUUAACUCCCUGCUGUCUGAAAUGUUUACGUAGGCAACACUGUUUGUAUUAUGUUUGUGUCACACUUAACAUUAUUAUGAUGUUUUCCCAUGAUGCAACAUGGUUGGACUGUAAAACGUGGGCUUUAGAAGCUGUGACUGAUACUUUAGGGUAAAGCAUAAUAUACAAUUAUUUCAAACGGGGAAUUGUCGGUUAGUGAGUAGCAUGGCAUGGGCCACUGCUAGAGCAGAGUGUGUGUGUGUGUGUGUGUGUGUGUGUGUGUGUGUGUGUGUGUGUGUGUGUGUGGGUGUGGGUGUGUGUGUGUGUGUGUGUGGGUGGGUACAGGGGGUUUAGGGAAGCGGUACAGUCAUUAAAAGGCCUGUGCAUCUCUGUGGACAUUUGUCUUACUGUACAUUUGACCUGACCUUAGCUGAGUCUUUUCUUCUCUCAUGCUCCCUCUUGGGUUCGACCUCUGAUUGCCUUGCCCAUUCCUAACACUUGCCCAUGUUUUAAUGUUAACAGACUUUUUACCGCGAGAGCUGACUGAUAGGACUGACGUCUGAAAGCAUCUUUCAGGUCUUCUUGUAUGGCUUGCUCAAGCCCUGUUGUAAAAUAUAAUAAAGUGGAUGGGGGUCUCUCACAUCUCAGAUGUGGAAAGUAUAAUUUUAUAUUUGUAUUUUCAAAUAAUUAUAAUAAUAAAACUUGUUUGUGAAAGGUUUCCAUGCUCUACUGUGGUGCAGAAAUCAAUGUGUUUGUCUGGAAAAAAUGUAAAUAAACUGUUUUGAACCAUU